AUGAAUACGUAUUAUGUUAACUAUACGGGCAGUGAUAACAUGAUUACAAUAGACAUACACUCGAGUGUUGAGACCAUCAAAGAUCUCAAGGCUUUUCUACAGACCAAAGGCCUGUACAAUGAAAACACUGAUAUUAUUGCUUUUGGAUCUAAUACCUUGGUUAAUUCCCAAUUAUCAAGUCUGAGUGAAGAGUCGGACCGAAAGUGUCGUGAAUUGUGUGAAGAGAUGUCGGCUCUGAAGGCAAGCAAUGAGUCCGAAGUAAAGGCAUUGAAAGCACAGCUCAAGACUGACAUCGACUCAAUGCAGACAAUGGAGAAAGAGAUCAAUGAUUUGAAACAAAAGUUGUCGACUUCUAACUCGAGUCGGUAUAUCGACGGCAAUAAUAUCAUCGCUUCCCGUAUAGUGUAG